CCUUGCUACAGUAGCGAAUGUAGCCUGAAAAAUCAAAACAAACUACUCUGGGAAAUAAGCUAGUGGGUGAAUGCUACUCUGUGUCUGUAACUACAUUACCAGACUGAGUAGUUGUCUCAGAAAGAGACCGUCAUCAUGUCGAAUAUGGAGAGUAUCCUUUGCCGUGUGGUCUAACGUGCAAUAAUGGUGGUUAGCAGUAACUAGCCAAAUGAUUUGGUAGCUAAUACUGUCAUGCAGUAGCUUGUAACUUUUGCUCAGUCAUUCACUGACGAAGGAAAACAAGGACGUUAGUUAAUUCACCUAAUCAACGUGACAGCUUUCUGAGUUGUAUUGAAUGAGCUAUAUGCCUUUUUGUGCUUUACUAUAGGUUCAGUGAACAUCAUCAUUAUAAUGCUAAUUUAUACAGUUACUAAUAUAAAUCAUUCCUUGACUAGUCAUAUAGAAUACUUGUUCAACCUCAAGUUUGCUGCCAAGGAGCUUCAGCGAAACUCAAAGAAAUGUGUCAAAGAGGAAAAGGCAGAAAAAGCUAAAGUGAAGCAGGCUAUCCAGAAGAAUAAUGUGGAGGCAGCCAGGAUCCAUGCAGAGAAUGCCAUCCGCCAGAAACAUCAGUCCAUUAACUUCUUGAGGAUGAGUGCCCGUGUGGAUGCUGUGGCAUCCAGGGUCCAGACUGCUGUCACUAUUAACCAGGUGUCUAAAUCCAUGUCUGGGGUCGUCAAGAGUAUGGAUGCUACACUGAAAAGCAUGAACCUGGAGAAGAUCUCUGCAUUAAUGGACAAGUUUGAAAACCAAUUUGAAACUCUUGACGUGCAGACAGCUCAGAUGGAAGACACUAUGGGCAACACCACAACUCUGACAACACCUCAGAAUGAGGUGGAUAUGCUGUUGCAUGAGAUGGCUGAUGAAGCAGGUUUGGAUCUUAACCUGGAGCUUCCUUCAGGCCAGACUUCCUCACUGGCCUCAUCUGUGAGAGCAGAGCAGGAUGAGCUCUCCCAGAGGCUGUCUAGACUGAGAGACCAGGUGUCAUAAUGAUGCAGAAAAUAACAAGAUCAGGAGGAGGGAGAAGAGCAAGAGAAGCAGGAAGAGACAAGGAGUGAACAGAGUAAAAGAAAAAGUGGAGAAUAAAUGAAAAAAGGUGCAAUGUGCCUGCAAGCUCUGUGCCAUCCUUUGUGUUCCCAGUUUUGUUUCUCUUGUGAGGAAUAAAGGAGUUGCCUCAUAGCAGAAAAGGAUUGUUGGAAGAGAGGUGUUGUUUACAGUCCUGGUAUUAACUGCAUUGCUCGUUCAUUUGCACACUCGUAUUAUUAUUUAUUAUCUCAGAUAUAGAACACCACUGUGUUAUAUGUUUAUUUAUUUUUACUUGUGUAUUAUAUAAUAACUCAUACCUCAUACCAAAUGGGUUAUACACUACAUAUAAAAUAUAAAGAGCAAUAUCUUUGUUUAUGUGUGUAUUUAUUUAUUUACUGACUGGAUGUAACUAAGGGCAUGUUUACUAUUUUUCCUGCAUGACUGAGGAUGUGAAGACUCCUGUUUUUUGCUUCCAGUUUUGGCUGUACUGGUGUGACCCAAAUUUAUUAAAUUUUUUUAUAUUUUACCCAAAAAGAGAUUUUUAGAUAAAUGUUUGCCUUAAGUAUGCUUCCAAUGCAGCUGGAAUAUUAUUGAUUGUCUUCAUGUAGCGGUAACCACUAUAGUGGAUUACCAUGCACUUAUAUGCAAAGACAGACAGUCAUUAAAAGAGUUUUUAAAAUGUU